AUGCCAAGUGCAGUGGAAAUCUUCCUCAUUUUUGUUGCAACCAGUGAGUCAGUCCUGGGGCUUCUAGGGAAUGGGUUCAUCGGACUUGUAAACUGUACUGACUGUGUUAAAAAGAAGAAAUGCUCUCUGAUUUGCUUCAUACUCACUGGCUUAGCUAUUUCCAGAUUUUGUUUCAUAUGGAUAACAAUUUUAGAUGGCUAUAUAAGGAUAUUCUUUCCUGAUACGUAUAACUUUGGUAACACCAUGGACUAUAUAUUUUAUUCUUGGACAGCUUUCAAUCAUUCAACCAUCUCAUUUACUACCAGCCUCAGCAUCUUCUAUUUCCUGAAGAUAGCAAAUUUUUCUCACUGCACAUUUCUCUGGUUGAAGAGAAGAAUCAAUACUGUUUUUACAUUUGUGAUGGGAUGCAUGCUUCUGUCAUUUGUAUUUCACUUUCAAUUAGAUGUGAAAAUAACUAGUCAUGAGAAAGUGACAUACAGAAACACAUCCUGGUGGCUCCAUCCACAUAAUAGAGAGUAUUUUACUGACCAUCUUUUAAUCAAUCUGGGGGUCAUUUUCUUCUUUUUUGUAACUGUAAUCAUGUGUAUCCUGUUAAUCUUUUCUCUUUGGAGACACCACAAGAAGAUGCAAAUGAAUGUCACGGGAUUCAGAGACUUUACUACAAAGGCUCACAUGAAAGCAGUGAAAGUUUUAAUAGUUUUUAUCAUUCUUUAUGCCUUGUAUUUUAUAGGUGUUAUCAUACAAACAUCAUGUGCUAUUGUGCCGGAAAACAAACCUCUGUUUCUUUUUGGUUUGAUCAAUGUAGUCGCCUCUCCCUUUGUUCACCCGUUUAUCCUCAUUCUAGGGAACAGUCAGCUGAAGCAAACCUCUCUGAGGGUAGUGCGGCAGUUAAAGUGCUGUGAGAAAAGACAGAAUCUGAGAGUUACAUAG